CAUCAGUAACAUGGAAUUUAUUUAAGACUUAAGUUACAUUAUGCGAGUUGGUCUAUUAGUUUGAAGGUUUAUUAUAUAAUUACCGCUUCCGUUGUCAGCAAAAAUAGCGAGUGUACAAGUUUGGACUAAAACAAGAUAGUUAUCGAAAAAAAGCGGAAUGAGCAAGCCCAACAUGUUUUCUCAUCCAAUAAAACGAGGCCAUUCCCACCUCAAUUGUUUAGAAUAAAAAUGUCAAAUGCAGUAUACCAUUGAGAGUGUUUCCGUCUGCAGUUCUGAAUCCCAUGCCCUCCUGAUGUUAUCCAGGACAUUUACAUAUACUUUCCAUCUGCUAUACUUAUAAAUUACAAUGAAUAAAUUUACUAUGAUAUCACAAAUAUACCUCAUUUUUAAAAUUGUUCCAGAAAAUAGUUGCUAUACGGAGGGGUAAAAAUAAGUAUUUCGAUAACUAUUACAUUCACACAUAUAUGAAUAUCAUAUUUCAGCAAUAUGCUUAUGUACGCCAAGUUACUUAUAAGUUACACAAUUGAAAUCAAAGUGGGAUAAAGCUUGAUACUCUAUGAUUUUCUGAUUCUCCUGUCAUAUUGCAUAAAUCCUGAAUUUAUACUUGUCACUCGUGUUUGGUCCAUCAGCAUGCCUCUUAUUAUGCUAUGUGGAUUUCCAUCAAGUGGAAAAACUAAAAGGAGUUUGGAACUAAAAGAGUACUUCGAAAAUGAAAAAAAUAAGACUGUUACCAUCGUGAGCGAGAAUGAUUUUCUCAAUAAGGAAAAAAAUGCCAUAUUUAGCGAUUCUAGACGUGAGAAGGACCUAAGAGGGGCUAUGAAGGCAGAAAUAAUAAGACUGUUGAAUAAAGAUGAUGUUACAAUAUUUGAUGCAGGGAAUUACAUCAAAGGCUACAGAUAUGAAUUGUAUUGUGCAACAAAACACAACAAAACACCGCAUUGUAUUGUUCACUGUUUGGUCCCAACUGAACAAGCUUGGUCAUGGAAUGAAAAUCGAGUUGAGGAUGAACAAUAUACCCGUGAGGUUUUUGAUGGCCUUGUCAUGAGAUAUGAGGAACCUAAUAGCAGCAAUAGGUGGGAUUCACCAAUGUUUACAGUUUUACCAGAAGAUAAGCCCCAAUUUGAAAGCAUUUUUGAAGCAAUAUAUCUACGUAAGCCUCCUCCACCUAAUCAGUCCACGCAAACACAGCCACUAUCAUCUACAAACUUUCUUUUUGAGCUUGAUCGGACAACACAGGAAGUAACAGCAACAAUAAUGUCAGCCCAGAAAAUAGUAGGAGGUAGCGACAUCAAAAUCCCUGGAGUUACUGAACCUGUAAAUCUUGGAAGAACGUUGACACUGGCAGAAUUAACACGAGCAAGAAGACAGUUUAUAUCCUAUACGAAGAUGCAUCCUGUGGAAGACACUGCAAAAUUGUCUGCACUUUUUGUUCAGUAUCUCAAUACUACUUUGGGGUGAUGACUGGCCCUGAGAAUAGGUCCAAUUUUGAGUAUCAGCUGAUCUAUACUCAGAUUUUUUUUUCACCUGUUACUACAGAAUAAAAUGUUUAGAAAAGAGAAUUCCAGACAGGACUACACCUCCAGUUAUAUUUGAUAAUACUUUUUUUCAAUUGCAUCUUAUUCUAUUUUUGUAAAAAUCUUGUUUGAGGCAAUAAGCUUGUUAUGGAUUAGUAUACCAUGAAAUAUAAAGAAUGAAAUGUACUCUAAAAAUAAAGGGAAGCAUAAAUUUUACAGACAGUUAA